AUGGCUUCAAUGCUCCUGGUGUUCUCUGUGCUCGUCGCCGAGGCAGUCGCCUGCCAGCGCGAUUUUCUCAGUCCCCGCAGUGCCGGCUCCCAUCGCCAUUCCAAGCUUGCUGCUCGUCAAGACACCCCUUUCCCCCCCGUCUUGUCCGCUACUGAGUCAAUCCUCGUCAAUUCCUUCGACAAUACCACCAUCGCCUCGUGGUCCUACUAUUACACCCACGGCCUGCACAUUGCCGGCACCAACGAGAGCGUAGCUCAGUGGACUGCCGAUAAAUGGUCCGAAUUCGGCAUUCCUUCUUCCCUGGCCGAGUACUGGACUUUUCUCAACUACCCUGUCUCACAGGCAGUAUCGGUCAAUUUCCCCAAUGGCAGCAGCUAUUCAGCCACCUUGAUUGAGGAGGCGCUGCCAGAAGAUGAGACGACUUCGUAUCCCAACAGUGUUCCCGCUUUCCACGGCCUGUCUUGGUCUGGCAACGCCUCCGCCGAGUACGUUUAUGUCGGUCGGGGUCAGCAGGUCGACUUUGAGCGCUUGAAGGCGCUUGGCGUGCCGCUUGAAGGCAAGAUAGCGCUGGCAAAGUACGGAGGCCCUUUCCGUGGCCUCAAAGUCAAGAAUGCGCAGGAGAACGGGAUGAUCGGCGCUGUCAUCUUCACUGAUCCGGGCGACGACGGCAACAUUACCGAAGCAAACGGCUACGCCGCCUACCCCGACGGUCCAGCACGAAACCCGACAUCCAUCCAACGAGGUUCCGUGCAGUUCCUAUCUCAGUUUCCCGGAGAUCCGACCACUCCCGGGUACCCCUCAAAGGAGGAUUCUCCGAGAACUGAUACCAUCUCCGUCACUCCGCGCAUCCCGUCUGUCCCAAUUUCUUGGAAGGACGCUGUUCCCUUCCUUGCUGCAUUGGACGGCCACGGAACUUCGGGAGAGGAGGUUAACCGCACUGGUUGGAUCGGCGGCCUGAAUGUCACUUACAGCACUGGACCUGCCCCUGGAACGACCAUUGACCUCUCCAACCUGAUGAAAGAGGAGAUCACGCCAAUCUGGGAUGCCAUUGGUAUCAUCAACGGCACCAGCCCCGAUGAAACCCUCGUCAUCGGAAACCACCGAGACGCCUGGAUCGUUGGCGGUGCCGCCGAUCCCAACUCGGGCUCCGCGGUCAUGAUCGAGCUCUCCAAGGCAUUUGGCAAGCUGCUGGCAAACGGUUGGAAGCCGCGGAGGAACAUCGUGCUCUGCAGCUGGGACGCCGAGGAGUACGGGCUUUACGGCUCGACGGAAUGGGUGGAAGAGUACAUCCCGUGGCUGGCAUCGACCAGCAUCGCCUAUCUCAACAUCGACGUCGGCACCUCCGGUCCCCGUCCCGACUUCUCGGCCACCCCGGACCUGCACACGAUCGCGACCGACGUGAUGAAGAAGGUGCUCUGGCCGUACGUCGGCACCGGCGAGCUGAACGAGACGCUCUACGAGACGUGGCUCACGGGCCUGACGGAAGGCGAGUUUGGCGUCUUGGGCAGCGGGUCGGAUUACACGUCCUUCUUGCACAACGGCAUCAGCUCGAUAGACGCGGGUUCCGGCAACGGACCCGACGACGCAGUGUACCACUACCACUCAAACUACGACACAUUCCACUGGAUGAAGACGUACGGCGACCCGGGCUUCGCCGUGCACAAGGCCAUCGGCCAGUUCCUCACCCUGCUCGCCUACCACCUCGCCGACGACGCCGUCAUCCCGCUCGACAUCCCCAACUACACCACCCAGAUGCGCCUCUACCUCGCCGAGCUCAACAGCACCGUCAUCGCCGCCGAAGGAGCGGACGGAGACGUAGUCGACCUCGCGCCGCUCGCCGCCGCCAUCGACACGUUCGAGGCCGCUGCCGACGCCGUCGCCGCCGCGGCGACGCAGGCGGCCGUGACGGGCGACGAGGUGCUGGUGGCGCGCGUGAAUGCGAAGCUGAGGGAUUUCCAGCGCGGCUUCACGUCGCAGGGGGGGCUGCCCGAUCGCCCGUAUUUUAGGCAUGUGGUGUUUGCGCCUGGGAUCGAUACUGGCUACGCGCCGGUGACGUACCCCGGUGUCACGGAGGCGGUUGAGGCGGGCAAUUUUACGCUUGCUGGGUCCGAGGUCCUCAGGGCGGCUAAGGCGAUUGAGCGUGCUGCGGAUAUUUUGGCGCUUUGA